AUGGCUCGCUCCCGAGACGUCGCGCGGCGGCGCAGCUCUCGCUCCCACGAGCGUCGUGUCUCGCCUUCUGCACAUCGCAGACGAAGCCGCAGCAAUUCACGAUCCAAAAUAGACUCUCGUCGCAGUCGCACCUCGAGUCACUCGUCCAGGAGCUCUUACCAAAGCAGCAGCUCCCGUCGCAGUCCCGGGCGUCUCUUUGCGUCGCGUUCUCGUGCCUGUACUAGCGCUGAUGAUCUCCGUUGCGUGUCAGGAUUAGGUCUCGAUAAACUGGCAGCUGAGAAGCGUCGAGAGCGUGAAAGUUGCCGCUCGAACGGAUCAAACGUUGCUUUGGAUCGAGAGAAACGCGAGAAGUUGAUGGAAAAGUCCCAAUCGGCACGUCAAAAAAGCGCAGCUGGCUUGGAACUAAGUGAAUGGGACGAGCCGGAACAAUUGAAGAGUGUGUCCAUGUAUCAGGAGGACAAAGGGCAGUCGGAGACGCCCACAACGCGCGGCAACAGCAGGUCCACGUCGACUCAAAAGGACGAAGCAAAGAGGGAACUUGGAACCAAAACAGAGCAGGAAGAUCGACGUGGUAGAACCAGGAGUAGAAGUAGCACGAGCACGCGGGAAGACGGGAUGGAUGUGGUGUCUCCUACGGGACUGAGUCAUCGACGUCGAAGAGGGCGCGUGGAAGCUCCUAAGAAAGAAUACAAGGACGAAGUGGAAGAGAAUUUCGAUCGGGAAUUUUACUUGAAUGACGACGCUGGUGGCAUUGAGUUGCAUGAAGGACAUGCGUUUCUUGGUAGCGCGAAGAAGUUCAAGGCAUUGGAAGAACAGUUGGAGCAGACGAGAGCGCGAGGAGAUAACAAGCUUAAAGGCAUGUCAGCGAAAGCGUCAGCGCUUUCGGCGGAUCAGGAGGCGUGGGAGAAGAACAGGCUAUUGACGAGCGGUGUCGUCAUGUCUGGACGCGUAGAUACGGAUUUUGACGAUGAAUUGGACGCGAGAGUGCAAAUCAUGGUGCAUAGUACGAAGCCACCGUUCUUGGAUGGUCGAGUGGCGUUUACGACACAGGUGGAGGUAGUUGCGACAGUAAAAGACCCGACGUCGGAUAUGGCAGUUUGUGCGAGGAAAGGCAGUGAGCUGCUACAAGAAGUACGGGAACAGCGCGAGAGAAACAAGAUGCGGAAACGAUUUUGGGAAAUCGGUGGCUCGCGCAUGGGCGACGUUAUUGGCGUGAAAGCAGAUCCUGGAUCUGGAGACGAAGAAGACAAGCAGCAAGAUGCGGAUGAGGAAAACUACAAACAUAACUCGCAGUUUUCGACCCAUUUGAAGAAGCAAAAGGCUGUAAGCGUUUUUGCCAAGACCCGCACCCUUCGUCAGCAGCGUGAAUUCCUGCCGAUCUUUCUCUGUCGUGAAGAAUUGCUGCAAGUAAUUCGAGAAAACCAGAUUGUGGUGAUUGUUGGCGAAACUGGUUCGGGCAAGACCACACAACUGACGCAAUACUUGCAUGAAGAAGGAUACUCGCAGUUUGGUACGAUCGGCUGCACGCAACCGCGUCGCGUAGCAGCCAUGUCAGUAGCACAGCGCGUUAGCGAGGAAAUGGAGGUAAAGCUUGGCGAAGAGGUGGGCUAUGCUAUUCGAUUCGAGGAUCUGACGUCGGACAAAACUAUCAUCAAGUAUAUGACAGAAGGCGUACUCUUGCGCGAGUCACUGCGCGAAGCUGAUCUGGAUUCGUACUCGUGCGUGAUAAUGGACGAGGCCCACGAGCGCGCUCUCAACACGGACGUGCUCUUCGGCAUUCUUCGCAAGGUGGUCCAGCGCCGCAGUGACUUCAAGCUCAUUGUGACAUCGGCUACGCUAGAUGCCGACAAGUUUGCGCGCUUCUUUGGCGGGGUGCCGAUGUUUACUAUUCCUGGUCGAACGUUCCACGUGGAUACGCGCUAUGCUAAAUCACCAAGUGAUGAUUACGUGGACUCGGCAGUGAAGCAGGUAAUGCAAAUUCAUUUGUCGCACCCGCCAGGUGAUGUUCUGGUCUUUAUGACGGGACAAGAGGACAUUGAGGCAACGUGCUACGUGCUGGCUGACCGGAUGGGAAAGCUCGAUGGUGCGCCACCACUCUUGGUUCUCCCUAUGUAUUCACAACUACCGACAGACUUGCAAGCAAAGAUCUUUGACGCCUCGGACGUUCGAAAAUGCAUCGUGUCGACCAACAUCGCCGAGACGUCGCUCACUGUGGACGGCAUCAAGUAUGUCAUCGAUGCAGGUUUCUGCAAAGUCAAGGUUUACAAUCCCAAGAUCGGUAUGGAUGCGCUACAGGUGACUCCGAUCAGUCAACAGAAUGCCAACCAGCGCGCAGGUCGUGCCGGUCGAACAGGUCCUGGUGUAGCGUACCGCUUGUAUACGCAGCGGCAGUUUGUCAAUGAGCUGCUAGAAGCACAGAUUCCGGAAAUCCAGCGAACGAAUUUGGGUUAUGUGGUGUUGCUGCUCAAAUCACUCGGCGUCGCCAACUUGCUUGAGUUCGAUUUCAUGGAUCCGCCACCACAGGACAAUAUCAUCAACUCGAUGUAUCAACUAUGGGUGCUCGGAGCACUCGACAAUACUGGUGAGCUGACAAAGAUGGGCAAGAAAAUGGUCGUCUUCCCAUUGGAUCCACCGCUGGCCAAGAUGCUGUUAUUCAGUGAGCAGUUGAACUGCUCGACCGAGGUGCUUGUGGUGGUAAGUAUGCUGUCAGUCCCAAGCGUCUUUUUUCGUCCGAAGGAUCGGGAGGAGGAGAGCGACGCAGCCCGAGAAAAGUUUUUUGUGCCUGAGAGUGACCACUUAACGCUGCUGAACGUUUACCAGCAGUGGGAAUCGAACCAUCGCUCGGCCCAAUGGUGCUCGGAUCAUUUUAUCCAUGCAAAAGGGUUGCGCAAGGCCCGGGAAGUGCACGAGCAGCUGGCUGAUAUCAUGAAGCAGCAGCGCGUACGGCUUCGCUCAUGUGGUGGACGCUGGGACGUUGUACGAAAGGCGAUUUGCUCAGCGUAUUUCUACAACUCUGCUCAGAUCAAGGGCAUCGGCGAGUAUGUGAACAUGCUGACGGGCAUGCCGUGCAACCUCCACCCAAGCGCUGCUCUGUUUGGCCUUGGCUACACGCCAGACUUUGUGGUUUACCACGAACUGAUUUACACGAGCAAGGAGUACAUGCAAUGCGCAACAGCCGUGGAAGGUGAGUGGCUUGCCGAGCUCGGGCCCAUGUUUUUCAGCGUGAAGGAGUCGUUCAAGUCGCGCUUGCUCAAGCGUAUGAAGGAAAAGGAGGAAGCGAUUGGGAUGGAAGAGGAGAUGGAAGCCUCGCUGUGCGCCAAAAAGAAAGAAGCAGACAAUGACAUGGGUGAUCGGCUCGCUUCGAAGAGCCGCCAACACAAGAAGCAGCGGAUGGCGGUCGCUGAGAUCGGUCGAUCGGAUUCUGUUUGUUCUAAAAAGACGGCAAGCCGUCCCCCUCGCCCUCGCCGCUUUGGCUUCUAG